CAAGAAAGCAAUAAACCUUUCUUCAAAUACUUUUACUCCUUUUCAAUUUCUAACAUGGUAUCAAAGCAAUAAGCUCCUGGUUUUUCUUUUAUCACUGCUUAGUUACUGAGUUAGAUUCUCAGAUUUAUUUCGAAUCUGAAACUGUCAUUGGGUUCUCUUCUCCUACAGUUUGAAUCUUGGCAUCUAUUUCUUUAUAUUUUUGGAGAUUUUUUUAAGUAUUGUGAGUUCUAUUGAUUCUAUGGUGAGUUUUGAAAGAACUAUGACUUAUCCUGCUGCUGCAAUGGUUGCCAAAGAGGCAAUAGACCAACCUAUUGUCAAUCUUGAAUCUCUAAAACAAGUGAUAUUAAAUCUUUUUAAUGCCUCUACUGCUUUAUCUGCUACUCCAAGACCCACAAAUAGGACAACUUCUUCGAACUGGUCCCAAGAGCGAUUUUGGAGUGAAGCUGCUCUUGCAACAGUUUAUCUCAUUAAUCGGAUUCCAUUAUCGGUUGUAAAUAAUAAGUCUCCAUAUGAAUGUUUGCAUGGUAUUCCUCCUACUUAUCAUCUUCUUAAGGAUCUUGUAUCACAAAAACUUCGAGUCUCACGUCAUGUUGUCUUUUGGGAACACACUAUGUUUUCCUCAUUAUCAAACUUCCAAGUGUCAUCUUUUGAACAACCUCCACUUUUUACUAACCCUUCUAUUGAGCUUUUUCCUAGUGACUCUGAUGCAGAUACAUUUGAUGAGCUCCAUGAGGCCUUUCCACAUGCUCCACCUAGUUCUAGAGAAGAUGUUUUGCCUGUUGGUAAUGCAUUAGACAAUGUUGAGUCUUCUUCCCUUCCCUCUUCUGUAUCACCUAUUGGAUCUAACCCUGUUGAUAUUGAGCCUAAAAAUGAGAUCCUUGAUCCACCUUCAAGUCAUCCUACUCAGCAAGCUAUGUUAGAUGAAUUACAAGCUCUUGACAAAACUUGUACAUGGCAUUUAGUUGAUCUUCUUGCUGGAAAGCCUCUAGUAGGUUGUAAAUGGGUGUACAAGAUUAAAACUCGAUUUGAUGGUUCCGUGGAGCAUUACAAGGCUUGUUUGAUUGCUAAAGGAUUUACUCAAGAAUAUGGGAUUGAUUAUGAGGAGACCUUUGCACUUGUUACUCGUCCUACUUUAGUUUGUAGUUUGAUUGCUAUUGCUAUUGCUAAAAGAUGGAAAUUGUUUCAGAUGGAUGUGAAAAAUGCCUUUCUAAAUGGUGAUCUUGCAAAGGAAGUUUACAUGAAACCACCUCCUAGACUUGAGCAUCCUCCAAACAAAGUUUGUCGAUUGAAGCAAGCUCUGUAUGGUUUGAAACAAGCACCUCGAGCCUGGUUUGCCAAGUUUAGUACCACCAUCAAUGAAUUUGGUUUUACUUCUAGUCCUCAUGAUACUACACUGUUCAUACGCAAAACUAAUCAUGGUAUGGUUCUACUACUUCUUUAUGUUGAUGAUAUGAUCAUUACUAGGGAUGAUAUUUCAAGUAUUCAUGAUCUUAAGCAAUUUCUCAAUCAUAAGUUUGAGAAGAAAGAUCUUGGUGUUUUGAGCUAUUUCUUGGGACUUGUGGUCACCUCUUCUGAUGAUGGUUAUUUUCUCUCCUAAACAAAAUCUACUUCUGAUCUUAUAUCUAAAGCUAGACUCACUGAUAGUAAGACUACAUCUACUACUUCUAAGCCAAAUGUUCGACUGACAUCCAUGGAUGGUUCUAUAUUAGCUGAUCCUGUUUGCUAUAGACAGUUGGUUGGAAGUCUAAUUUAUCUCACUACAACACGACCAGACAUAACUUUUGUAGUUCAUGUUGUUAGCCAGUUUAUGGCUACACCUCGCUCCACUCACUAUACAAUAGUACUUCACAUUAUUCGGUAUAUUAAAGGUACCAUGUUCCAUGGCCUUCACUUUUCUACUCAUUCAUCUCUUGAACUUCGUCUCUAUCGUUGAUUGGGUUAGAGACUCUAAUGAUUGUAAAUCCACCAUUGGAUAUUGCUUUUUUCUUGGUGAUUCCUUAAUCUCUUAAUGUAGCAAGAAGCAGACAUUUCCAUCACGUUCUAGCACAAAGGCUGAAUAUCGAGCACUUGGAGACACCACAUCAGACUUACUUAAUUUAUGUUGGCUACUAGAGGAUUUUGGUGUUUCUUAACCACCUACUGCUAAUCUUUAUUGUGACAAUCAAAGUGUCAUGCAGAU